CAAAACGAAAAUUAAAAAGUUCCCAAUUUCGAAAAAAUGUCACUCACCGCACAUUUCUCGCCGCCGGUCACCGGAAUAACCAGGAGUCUCCGGGAAACGAAACCGUCACUUUCCACUCGCCGUAUACUUCCGGUUUAUACUGAGGUUAGAACCACGACGACGUGUAAUUUAAGGAAAUCGGCGUAUUUUGUGGCUAAAGCUAUCGAACAGAGAAGGGAUACAGCUGGAUCUGAAUCGGAAUCAGAGGCGACUCCGUCACCGGCGGGAGAGAGUGGAAGCGGAGGAGAUAAGGAGGUGGAGGUUAGUGCGAUAGGAGCAGAGAUAAAAGCGGCGAUGGAACAGAGGAAAGCAGCGGAAGAGGAGAAAGGGAAGAACGAGUUUUUGAGUGGAGUUGCGGAGGAAGUGAAGGAGAUCGAGUGGCCGGCGUUUCAGAAAGUGCUGGGAACGACUGGUGUUGUGCUUGGUGUUAUCGCUGGUUCUAGCGUCGUUUUGCUCACUGUUAAUUUCAUUUUGGCUGAGCUCUCUGAUCGUGUGUUCAUCGGAAAAGGUGUUCAAGAUUUCUUCAGUUGAUUUGAUGAAAUUGGAAAUGGUAAAAGAUUUGUGUCUACAAUACAAUUUUAGUGGUUUGAGUAUUGUUUGAUUUGUGUAGAUGAUAAAGAGAAUUAUCAGAAUCACUCUUUUUGGAGCCGUA